CGCUGGGUCCGAGGGGGGGCGGACAGCUGAGAAUAGACAGUUUGUUUGUCCUUGAGACAUGACUGCCCGGGGGUCUCUCAUCUAUAUUACCGGGACAGUAAAAGACUUCACCUCGUCUGUCUGACAAUAUGUUGGGUGUUUUUGUCAGAUCCGUGCUCCGGCCAGGCGUGGUGAAGCCAUGUCGCCUGGUCAGAUCAGUAACACGGAUCCAAGAAAGGACCAUGGUGCACCAGGAGGGUUUACCUAAGUUGCCUGUGCCAUCCUUGAAGCAGACAUUUGAGCGCUACCUGGCCACUCUGGAGCCCAUUGUCAGUGAGGAGGAGCUGGAAAACACCCGGCAGCUGGUGGAGGAGUUUCUCAAGGGUGGUGUUGGGGAAAGGCUGCAGAAAGGCCUGGAGCGACGGGCACGCAAGACAGACAACUGGCUGUCAGAGUGGUGGAUGCAGUCAGCCUAUCUAGAGUGCCGUAUGCCGGUGGCAGUCUACACCAGUCCCGGGGUUCUCCUGCCGCGCAUGCACUUCCACGAUCGCCAAGGACAGAUGAGAUUUGCUGCCAAACUGAUUGCAGGAGUUUUGGACUUCAAAAAAAUGAUUGACACUGAGACCCUGCCUGUAGAGUACCUGAGUGGGAAGCCGCUGUGUAUGGAUCAGUAUUACCAGAUCUUGUCCUCCUGUCGUAUCCCUGGUCCAAAGAGAGAUACUGUUGUAAAUCACGCCAUCGGGAAAACACCUCCCUCCCACAUCACUGUGGUCCACAACUUCCAGUUCUUUGUCUUGGAUGUGUACAACAGCGAUGGCACCCCACUAACUAUUGACCAGAUUUACAUGCAGCUGGAGAAGAUUUGGAACUCCUCUUUGCAGACUAACAAGGAGCCGAUUGGCAUCCUUACAUCGCAGCACCGCAACACCUGGGGAAAAGCCUAUAACAACCUGAUUAAGGAUAAGACGAAUAAGGAGUCAGUCCGUGCCAUCCAGAAAAGUAUCUUCACAGUUUGUUUGGAUGCCCCAAUGCCACGCGUGUCAGAUGAGCUGUACCAGAGCCGUGUGGCUGGCCAGAUGCUACACGGAGGAGGAGCUCGCUGGAACAGCGGCAACCGUUGGUUUGACAAGACUUUACAGUUCAUUGUUGGCGAAGACGGCACAUGUGGACUGGUGUAUGAACAUGCACCUGCUGAGGGUCCACCCAUCGUGUUUCUCAUUGAUUACGUUGUUAAAUGCAUGCAGAAAACUCAAAUAGUCCGCUCCCCAAUGGUUCCCCUGCCGAUGCCUCAGAAACUGCGUUUUAACAUUACACCUGAGGUCAAGAGAGACAUUGAGAAAGCCAAACAAAAUAUGAACAUAAUGGUACAUGACUUAGAUGUGAAGGUGCUUAUGUUUUCUCAUUUUGGAAAAAAUGUGCCAAAGCAACAUAAGCUGAGCCCAGAUGCUUUUGUGCAAAUGGCUCUUCAACUUGCCUACUUCAGGAUGUAUAAUACUUGCUGCUCUACGUAUGAGAGUGCAUCGUUACGAAUGUUUAAAUAUGGGCGAACAGAUGCAAUCCAUGCAACUACUGUAGACUCAUUUAAAUUUGUCCAGGCAAUGCAAGACCCAGCUAAACAGAACACAGAGAGGCUGGCGCUGCUACAGAGGGCCAUUCAGACACAUAAGGACAACACGUACAAUGCAAUUCAUGGACAAGCGAUAGACAGACACCUCCUCGGGCUGAAGAGGCUGAGCAUUGAAGACCUAACCUCCAUGCCUGAGAUAUUCAUGGAUACUUCUUUUGCUGUGGCUCAGCAUUAUAAUCUCUCCACCAGCCAGGUUGGCUCCAAGACAGACUGUGUGAUGUGCUUUGGUCCAAUGGUGCCAGAUGGCUACGGAGUGUGUUACAAUCCCAUGGAUGAGCACAUCAACAUCGCCAUCACAGCCUUCAACAGCGUUGAGGAGACAGACGCUGCCAAGUUUGCCCAGGCGGUAGAGGAUGCUCUGUUGGACAUGAGAGCUCUCCUGGAAGACACAGCUACAGUCAAGCAGUGACCCCACACUGGAGCCUGGCAUGGUGUUUAUGUCCCACUGGGCCGUAUGGGAGCUUGAACUGAACCGUUGCCGGAGUCGCUGGCAGAGUGCCACGCUGGCAGAGACGCACAAUGUACUGAGUGUGUUGGAGCUGAGGGGAAAACUGUUUUCAAAGGAUUGUGGGAAGUGGAAUGUGUGAUGGUUAAUGCACUCCCUCUGAGAUGAGAAGCAAUUCUCUAUGAUGGAAAUUCUAUAUUUUAUUAUAUGGUGUUAUAUGUAUCUAUAAACUUUACAGAACAUAAUUUGCUAAAUGUAAUAGUAUAAAUAUUUUUUUUCUUUGUUCAUACUUAACCAGUUUCUGCUGCAGUCUUCAGAAUGACAUUGUCCUCACUUGACUUAAAGAUUUUGAGUGCUUUGGUUUGUUUAUUAUUUAUUUCAGGUCAAAAUAAUUAACCAAUAAUUCUGAAAAUCAAGUUUAAAAGGAUCUUGUUUUCUACUCAGUCUUUCUACUGAACAGAAUAGAAUUAAAUGGCUGUUAGAAAAACCUAAGUAUUCUAAACUAAAGAAAUGUUAAACAUCUAAAUCGAAACCUCCUCAAGAUAGGUAAUAUUUAGUAUCAAAGACUCAUAAAGGAAUAUUCAGCUCUGAAGCUUCCUUGGGAAUGCAGGUAGUCUCCAUGAAAUUCGAUCUCAGCCAUAUUUCCAGAGGAGUGCCACAGAAACAGCUGUUGGCCUUUAAAUACAUUGGUCUUUAAGAUUUCCAUGUCCCGGAUCUGAACAAGAAAAACAAGACAAAAUAUUGCAGCAGUUAUUACACUUGCACUUUUUUCCUACCAAGUAUGCAGCACGAUGAAACAUCAACAUGAGUUAAAGAGCUUGUCUGCACCAUAAUGUAUGUAGACUGGGAGUUGGUGGUGUUGAAUACUAAUCCUAUGUGCAGCGCUUGGAUUCUGAUCUUCACCGAGGGAGGGGCAUUGAUGAGCACUCGACAGGUGUGGUUAGUGUUGGAUGUUGUUGGGUUCUCAAAGGCACCGCUGGGGGAAAACAGCUGAAUGUCACAAUCUGUGGGGCGAAGACAAGGAAUAUUUCAUCUUUGGUGAAUGAAUGGGGUAAACAAAAUACAUACGAACACGUGCUGUCAAAUACUGUCCAAUGCAAUGAGUGUUUCAUUUGUGAGGGUCAAACUGUUGAACAUUUGUUGAAAUUGUGUUAGACAUGCUAUAGUUUGUAGCAUUAAAGCUUUAUAAUAUUUUCAUGUU